AUGGCAAGCAACGGCCAUUCUAACGGUGCCGCAUACUCGCCCGUUCUCGAGACUAGCCGGAUUUUCUCCAACUUGUGCGAGCAGUCGGAGCGCCUGAGUCUACCAUCAGAGGUUCUGGCCAACAAGGAUCGAGUUUCUUUCUCCACCAGUCACAAUGAGAUCUACUUCCCUAUUCCGUUCAAGGAGACCGAGACCCUGGCGGCAUUGAAAGGUAUCGAGGGUUCUGUGGCUGCUGCCCUGGCCGAUCUGCGAUUUGGAAGCGGUGGACAACCUCGUGGUGUCCGCGUCAACCUGGAGGGUGCCACGGCAUUCGGAUGCCAAGCGUACAUGGCCAAGGUAGAUGGAUUGUCGAAGUUGGAUCCGAAUGUGAAGUCUAAGCUCAAGAAUACGGAUCUGUUGGCUGCGCAAUCAAAUGGUUACCGUCGUAUGUCGGCUAACCUGUACAAGACUAAGAACCCGGGCGAGUUCUACCACAUUCACGGUUCCUUGGAAGCCAGUACAACAUUAAACAUGAUCGGACUCGAGGGUCAUCGACCUGACUUGACCGAUUACGAAGAUGUUAUCAAGGAGAUCGAAAGCCAUGUCCAGAAAUACUCCGUGGCCGAACUGGAGGAGAUGAACAAGGAGAGGCGACAGGCCGGUGUGCCUGCUCUGAAGCACGAGGACUUUAUCAAGACCCCACACGGCAAGCUCAACGUCGAAGAGCCCGCGUGGAAAGUCACUCAGCUUCCGGGGAAUAUCGCCCCCACUCCAUUCCCUGCCCGCCGUGCCGGCAGCACCAAGAUCUUGGAGGGUGUCAAGGUUCUGGAGAUGUGCCGUAUCAUCGCUGGCCCAACCGUCACCCGAAUUCUAGCCGAGUACGGCGCAGACGUCCUGAAAGUGACCAGCUCGAACCUGUCCGAUGUGCCAUUCUUCCAGGUUGACGGGAACAUGGGCAAGCAUGCCGCCGACCUGGACUUGAAGACCGAAGCCGGACGCAAGGAAUUCGAGAAACUUCUCGACGACGUGGACGUCAUCGUCGAUGGAUAUCGUCCCGGUGCGCUGGAGAAAUUGGGAUACGGACCACAGGCUAUGGCCGCGCUGGCCGAGAAGCGUGGAAAGGGUAUUGUCUACGUGAAUGAGAACUGCUUCGGAUAUGAAGGCGAAUGGGCCGGACGCGCUGGAUGGCAGCAAAUCGCCGACUGUGUCACCGGUAUCGCGUGGGCACAAGGACAAUUCAUGGGCUUUAAUCACCCCGUCGUCCCACCCUUCCCCAUUUCCGAUUACGGCACAGGCUGCAUGGGCGCCAUCGCCGCACUAUCCGGUCUUUACCACCGCGCCAAGACUGGUGGUUCUUACCACGGCAAGGCCUCGCUGAUGCAUUACGAUCUUCUCCUUUUCGCGGUGGGCCAGUACCCUGCCGACGUACAGGAGGAGCUGCGCGCAGCCCAGCCAGCUGAUUUCUUCAAGCUACGCCACUGCGACAGUGUGGAUCGCAUCUCAUCUACUGUUCUCAAGGGCAUGCAGACACGUUUCCCGCACCUUUAUACCCCGGCUGGCACCGAGACGGAAGCGGGGCGGCCGGCUUUGACUGAGAAAUGGUUUUCGCGUGCGUAUAAUGCGGAUGUAGAGGUUGUGAAACCCAUUGCUCUUGUGGAGGGUGUGGAUAAUCAGUUUGUUCGGGCAAGUCGACCCAAUGGUUCCGAUAAGGCCAACUGGGAGGACUUUAAGGUUAAUGGAGAGGGAGAGGGAGAUGUGAAGAAGUGCUAA